AUGGGUUCCCUUGGUGACAGCGGAAGGACGGUUCGCAUCGGUGUUGAUGUCGGAGGAACCAAUACCGAUGCCGUGGCAAUCGAUCUUGCGUUGCAGCGAGACAAGGACCGGGGUGUCGUCGCCCACUGCAAGACGCCCACCACCCCGGAUGCCACCUCGGGCAUUGAGUCUGCCGUGCGUUCCGUGCUCGAGGCGUCCGGGCUCAUCAAGACGCCGGAGCGCAUCGCCUCCGUCACCAUCGGCACCACACACUUCAUCAAUGCCGUCAUUGAGCGUGACGCACGACGUCUGCGGCGUGUAGCGGUGGUUCGCCUCUCCAAGUCUUUUCUGCGAGAAGUGCCACCCUUUGCCGAGUUCCCGCCUGAUCUCACAGCCAUUCUGCGGGGCCACACCGGCAUCAUCGAUGGCGGUCUGCACAUCGAUGGCUCGCAGGAGGCCCCCGUGCGCGAGGAGCAGGUCGUUGCCGAAUGCGCCAAGAUCCGCGAGUCCGGCGAGACUGCGGUCGUGGUUGCCGGUGUGUACUCGCCCAUAGACGAGGUGUUCAAGCAGGAGAGCACCGUGCGAGACAUCAUCAAGCGGGAACUGCCCGGCGUCGACGUGGUGUGCAGCCACGAGGCGAGCGCCAGCAUAGGGUUCAUCGAGAGGGAGAACGCCGCCAUCCUCAACGGCGCGAUCCUCCAGUACGCCAGGAAGACGGUAGGACGUUUCCGCCGGGCCAUGAAGAAGCUCAACCUGCACUGCCCCUUGUUCCUGACGCAGAACGACGGGACCAUCCUGGAUGCGGCGACGGCGUCCAAGAUGCCCAUCAGGACUUUCUCCUCGGGCCCCACCAACUCGAUGCGCGGUGCCGCGUACCUCUCCGGGCUCGAUGACGGAGGCGACAGUUCAGCGAUCGUCGUGGAUAUCGGUGGCACCACUUCGGACCUGGGCGUGUUGCUCCCUUCUGGCAUGCCGCGUCAAGCAUCCGCGUACGUCACGGUCGCUGGCGUUCGAGUCAACUACUCCAUGCCCCAUCUCCACUCCAUCGGCCUCGGCGGCGGGUCAAUUGUACGCGACCUUGACGGUAAGGUCCGUGUGGGGCCGGACUCUGUCGGCAACGAGUUACUUUCCAAGGGCCUUGUCUUUGGUGGCGGUGUCUGCACUACGACGGAUAUUGCGGUUGCUUCGGGCAAAGCCGACGUCGGAGCAGCGGCGAAGGUGUCGCAUCUCGACAGGGGCUUCGUUGAAGAGGCCGGCAAGCGCAUCAAGGCGCUGCUAGAGGGCGCGAUCGAUGUCAUCAAGACCUCUCCUGAUCCCAUCCCAGUUCUCCUGGUCGGAGGUGGUGCAAUCCUCUCGCCCGAGACUCUGGAGGGCGCGUCGCAACUCGUCCGGCCUCCUUUCCACGAUGUUGCCAACGCGGUUGGUGCAGCUAUCGCAAGGGUUUGUGGUGCUGUCGACAUCGUCCAGGGCACCACGCACCAGACAGAGCACCAGGCCAUUGAGCAUGCCAAGGAGGUUGCGAUUCAGCGCGCGCUUGAAGCUGGUGCCUUGAAGGACAGCAUCCGGAUUGCAGAGAUUGAGAGCAUGCCACUGCAGUAUGUUGCGAACCAAGUCCGCACCAUGGUCAAAGCCGUCGGCGAUGUGGAUCUCCAUGCCAAGGUGGCCGAUGUCAAGGCUGAUGACGGCGAGGACGAGGACGAGACAGAGACAGAAGUCGCCAAGAACAUGGAUGCCAGAGAAGAACAAGAAGAGGAAGUCGAUCCUCGGACGUACAAGCCUGAGAUUCAGAUCAACGACAAGGGUACCCCCGAAUGGAUCAUCAGCCCUACAGAUCUGGACUACCUCGCCAAUGGCUGCUAUGUCCUUGGCUGUGCUGGUGGCGGUAGCCCCGCCGCUUCAAGAAUCCAGCUACGGGGCAUGCUGCGCGAUGGCCACAGGAUCCGGGUAAUUGACCAGUCCUCUCUCAAAGACGAUGAUGUGAUCUACUGGGGUGGGCAUAUGGGCUCGCCCGCCGUGUCGGUUGAGCGACUACAGUCUCUUGAGACGGUCGACGCAUUCAAGGUGCUGAUGGAGUACCUCAACCACACAUCCUUUGACGCCGUAAUGGGUCUGGAGAUUGGCGGUGCCAACGGCCUGGAGCCCUUCCUAGCCGGCGCCAGCAGGUUCUUUGACGCGCCCGUCAUCGACGGUGACUGGAUGGGCAGAGCGUACCCGACCUACUGGCAGACGACGCUGGCGGUCCACGCGCCGCUGGAACUCGUGCCUUGCGCCAUCGACUCGGGCGACGGCAAGAGCAUCAUCAUGACCCGCGCGCCCAACGACGAGAUUGUGGACCGCGCCCUGCGCGCCUCGUGCUCGGAAAUGGGCUCUCGCGUCGGCAUGGCCGCCAAGCCCACGACCACGGACAAGGUGCGCAAUUUUGGCGUACUAAACACCGUGUCCCUGGCCUGGCGGAUCGGGCGCGCCAUCGCCCUCUCCAAGGCGACAAACACGCUCAACACUGUCGCCGAGUCGAUCAUCCGGGAGGCGGGUGGCCAGGAGGCGGCCAAGGUCCUGUUCCGGGGCAAGAUCACGCGGAUCGACAGGCGGCUGUUCAAGGGCCAUUCCUACGGUACGGUCUACAUCUCCGCCUUUGGCGAGGCAGAUGAGGACGAGGAAAGGUCAAGCUCUGAGAGGGCUGUUCCCGUCGCCCAGGGAGGCGAGUUGCGCAUCCCAUUCAAGAACGAGAAUAUCUAUGCCGAGCAUGUGGCCGAGGACGGUACCAGCACGAUGAUUGCUACGGUGCCCGACCUAAUUGCCAUCUUGGACAACGAGUCCGGGCAAGCCCUUGGCGUGCCAGAGUUCAAGUACGGUUACCGGGUUACUGUGAUCGGCAUAACUUGCUCGCCGAGAUGGACAGAGACCAAGGCAGGCAUCGACAUUGGUGGGCCUGGCGCGUUUGGAUACGAAAAGCUUGAGUACAAGCCAUUGGUUGUCAAGUACAACCAGCGUCUUGGAAAUGCAUACAUAAUCAAUAUUUUCCCCUUCCACGCCUGCGAGCUCCGAAUCCUUUCUCUCAACUUUUCUCCUCCUCCUCCUCCUCCUCCUCCUCCGCCUCCAAGUUGUGGUUUGCCUCGGGGUAUAAUUUGGGUCCAGUCACUAACCAUUGUGACUUACUCGCACCCUUUUUUCUCCAUCUUUCAGUCAUAUAUCAACGAUAUGCAUUACCUCAGGUGCCUGACCGGCGCCAGUAUGGUGGCUGGUGCUUUUGCUAUUAGCGCCAACAACUUGAAACAUGACGAUCCCCCGGCAGCGGACGUCGUCGUCGUUGAGACCGUCCUCCACGAAGUCCCCGGCCAGACCGUCACCAUGAUCCACAUGCCCGACCCGACCAACACGGCCGAGCCCGUCCUCGGCGCCGCCGCGGCUGCCGGCGUGCCGCACCGAAGGCCCCAAGUCAACGAGCACUGGAUCGUCCGGACCAAGCCCGCCAACGGGGCCGCACCGACCCCGAGGCCCUCAUACGAGGAUUUCAUCAAGGAGCAGAAGCACGCACAGGACGAGGCUAAGAAGCACGCACAGGACGAGGCUAAGAAGCACGCACAGGACGAGGCUAAGAAGCAAUCGCACGACGGCGACGCCAAGACGCACGGCUCGUGCCUCUUCAACGACGAGAAGGGCAUCAAGUUCGGCGUGCAGAUCGACGCGGGCCCGGAGCAGAUCGGGCCCAAGGGCGUCAAGAUCAGCAACGACGUCAACGGCUGGAACUGCAAGGUCAAGACCUGGGACGCCGUGCACUACAGCCACGGCGGCAAGACGGCCUUCCUGCUCGAGGCCCAGAACGGCAUCCCGUACAUCCUGCCGUGCAACCCGAACCACGUCCUUGACUCCGUCAGCCGCGUCGUCGGCAAGCCCGUCGACUUUGGGUGCAAGCAUGUGACGCAUGAGGAGCUGCGCAACUGGUUCGUGCAGCGCAACGUUGAUGCGAGGCUGGAUGGUACGGAGAAGAAGAAUGAGGAGAAGAAGCAGAACGAGGCGGAGGCUUAG